AGUUUGACGCACUCAAGGGCUGGCUCAAGAUGGUAUCGGAGACUUUCCCAGGUGCCAUUAACCGCAAGGUUAUUCGUCCGCUGUACGAGAAGGUGAAGGAAAAGGAGCUGCUGGACUUUGACACGUGGGACGCCAUUAUCAAGGAGUGGCAGGAGGGCUCAGUCGCCGCCUUCGACGCGGAGGAAGCUCGUUUUGAUUUCACUGGUGUCACGGUGCCUGAGUGGCAGCGGCUGAACAACCUGUUCCUCGGUCAAGGCGCCACCUACCGCGCGUGCGCGCUGUACACCUGUGGUCAAUGGAACAUGUUCCACAUGCUGACGUUGAACCCUCCCGAGACGGGAGCGCGCAGUGGUGAGCUCAUGGUGUCCGUGGUGGCGUCAAUCCGUCGCUUUAUGAAGCACUUCUUCGGCUGCGUGAACUGCCGCGACCACUUCUUGGCGGAGAACACGAUCGAGGCCGUGAAGAAGAUCAAGGACGCGGAGGACAAGCCGCUGGCGCUGCGUCGCUGGCUCUGGGAGCAGCACAACUCGGUGAACAAGCGUCUGCGGCACCCGAUCUGGCCCAAGCCCGAGCACUGUCCGACGUGCGGCAGUGAAGGUGCGUGGGAAAUGGUGGAAGUGGACAAAUGGCUGGGCAACACGUUCGGCUACCGCGAUGUGGUUGUCCCUCUCGCAAAGCCUCAAGUGACUGCUCCGUUGAGCACGGCCGCCGCUUUGCGUCGUGAAGUGAAGAAGGAGACCGAAGCACCCGCCACGGAGCAGGUGGAGACUGCCGCUGAGACUGCUGAGGAGGCUGAGGAGGACGCCGCAGUGGAGAAGUCCACACCGAAGCCGACUGGACCCGUCCUACUCGAGCCGAAGGGCGGAGACGAGUACCGUCCGAAAGACGCUGAGCUCGGCAUCAAGAACGCCGCGAACACCAAGGAGCUAGUGGCCGACACGAAGGCCGAGCCCAAGGACGGUCUCCAGGGUGUCACGGCACCUCCUGUGACGCUCUUCGCUUGGUACAUCCUCCCCGUAGCAGCCGUAGGCGGGUACCUUCUCUUUGUGCGCUCUCGACGCUCCAAGCAGAAAGCGUACCGUCAGGUUCCCCGCAAAUGAGUGAGUUAGAAGGAGGAAGUUGAACACGCGAGUUGACUGCAUUGAAACUUAGAAGCACGUUCGAGCUCAACUCACCGCAGCUCAGCUCUGUCAAUACGCGCAGCUUCAACGCGCUUUGUAUGAUUU